AUGAAUAAAGAACAACAACAGCAACAGAUACCACUUUAUGCUAUUUCUCCGGAUGUCAUUGAGAAAAAUCAAAAUAAUGAAAAAGUUUCAUUAUUGUUCGUGACAACUCUAUGUCGUCGAUUACAUGAACAUUCUGGAAUUUGGUAUAUGUUAACGGCAACUUUCAUUUUCGCUUGUUGUUCGUUUGCUCUCAAACUAGUACCAGCUGAUGUCUUUGAUAUUAUGAUUGUUCGAUUUUCAAUUCACUCUCUUGUUUUUGGUGUAUUUGCUACUUUCUAUAAACAUUAUAAUGUAUUUGAUACAAAUGGACAACCGAUUGCAUGUUUAUUAAACAUUGUAAUGUCAAUUGGUACAAAUUUCACUUAUUUAGCUGCAUUGAGUUUUAUUCCAUUAUCAGAUUUAAAUACAAUCAGAUACACUUAUAUUGUUUGGGCAGCAAUAUUAUCUGUUCUAUUUCUCAAGGAACGUUUCAAAAUUGUUAAUACUAUUUCAUUAUUCUUGACAAUCCUUGGGCUUAUAUUCGCUACUAAGCCACAUUUCUUUAUUAAAACAUUAGGUCAAAUAUUUGAUCCGUCAUCAUCAUCGUCAAUGUUAAUUACGACAACAACAACUUUAACUACAAGUAUUGCUAAUACUACGACUCCUUCAUCUUAUUAUUAUUUAGGCAUCGGUUUCGCUUUUUUAUCGGCUUUUGCAAAAGCAACACAAUUUAUUGCUCGAAAACAAUUACUUAUUACAAAACAACCACAUUCUGUUAUGAAUUUUCAGUAUGCAGGUGUUGCUUUAUUAGUUUCAUUGAUUUAUAGUAUUAUUCGUCGAUUUUGGCAACCAGAACCAUAUCCAUGGAGAUGGAUGGGUAUCGCCGGUGUUAUUAUAGGCUUUUUUCGAUUAUUAUCAGUUAUACUAUUUGCAAAAGCAUUAAAACGAGAAAAGGUUCAAGUUAUAGCAAUUAUUACUUCACUUGAUAUAGUUUUUGCUGUUCUAUUACAAUAUAUAUUUUUUCGUCAAACAAAAUCUUUGAUAUUUUAUCUUGGAGCAUCACUUAUUGUUCUAUCAGCAAUUAUCCUUUCAGUUGAACAUCAUUCAAAUAAUAAGCGCGAAAGGAAAACCCAGAUAAAGCAUGAUGAAAAUCAUCAAAUUAAGAAUAAUAUAUAA